AUGAGCGGUGUGAAUGACACAACUGAUCUGAAGUUACUAAAAUCUGCGCGAGCGACAAUCGGUGAUGUUGGGCUUUCAGAAGAUAAAGUGCGGAUUCAAGUGCCCAAAAAAGUAGUGAAGGAUCUGAAGGGCCCUGUUCACGUGCUGGUGGUGGUUCCGGGGCGUGCAGUGGAGGAUGGCGCUUGGAGCGCAAAGGACUUGUCUACUGUGGACCCUCAAGCUCAAUCGAAAAUGUGGAAGUCAGUUGUCAGAGUUUCCUCAGGAGAUGUAUGCUCAGGGACAGCGGUGGUUGUGGAUCUAACGUCGACGCACUUGUAUCUGCUGACAAACUUGCAUUUUUGGGUCGACGACACAUUCACUGAUCACUUGAGUGCUGACUUCACGACGGAAAUCAAACGGUAUCUGAGACGCCACCCCCGGAUGAAAACAAGUGGAAGGAAAAAGAAUGUCACCAAUAAUAAGGAUGCUGAUGUUGCAAAGCGACCACGUCGUAAAUCUCUACGGACGGCAGCAAUGAAAUCAUCAGCUAAAUUAGACAAGCCUCAAGUUGUGGUGGAGCAACUCCUUCCCGAUAGGCCGAAGCCGGAAGAAGUCAACCGAUUCAGUCUCGACAGUGACAUUUGCUGGUGUAGUUCGGCUGCGUUCGACUUCGCAAUCUUCGAAGUUGUUUUGCCACGAAAUAACAAGCUCGACCGAUGCGACAUGUCCUUCAAUGUGUCUUACGGAAUGAGUGUUGACGUGUUCGGUUUUCCUGGCGCUUUUGAAGAUCAAGCUUUUGAUCAUGCUUAUGCCAUCAUUCCAGCUAGAAUCACCGGUUGGAGCGGAAACCGAAUGGUUCUCUCCUCUUUGUCAGCUCCUGGUGUAUCUGGAAGCGCGUUAGUGUGCACCAAAAAUGAAGUAGCAGCGGGAUAUCUUGGUGCUGGACUUUAUGGCUCAGCAAAAAACGAGCGGUAUCAAUCCUAUUUCUACACAUUUCACGGAGUAAUCCCCGAAUUACCGUCUUCGUUGCCGCGAUACCGAAGUCCAAACAAAGGAUGA